GUGGGCGGCUUGUCCCGGGCAGGGUCCCGGCCAUGGCGGGGUUGGGGGCCACCCCACGCACGAAGGAACCCUCCAGGGAGCACCGGGGGCUCUCGACCCCGAGGGCUGCGGCUCGUGGUCGGGCCAGGAGCCGGCAGAGGGAGGGCGAGCGCGUCCCGCGGGGGUGGGCGCGGGUCCCCGGCUCCCCCAGCACUCCCGGGACGGGGCGCCUGGUCCGGCAGGGACCCGGGGAGUGUCCCGGCCCCGGGGAAAGCGACCCCGCGAGCCCCCCGCCACUGCCCUGCCCGGGGGGCUCCUACUUCUCGGGGCUCCCCGAGGCUGAGCAUCAGGAGUCUGCUGUGCCUGCAGCUCCCAGCCUGCCGAGCCCUGGGGCCCUGACCCCCGCCAGGGACGGUCCCCGGAGGAUCCGGAGCAGGUCGCAGCACACCCUGGUCCUGGAGCUGGACGGGACCCUGCUCUACUCCUCCCUGCUGGCCCACGGGCAGCAGGGUGCCACGGCCACCUUCACCAUGGGCUUCCAGGCGAGCUCCUACAAGGUCCACGUGAAGCUGCGUCCACAUGUGCAGGAGUUCUUGGAGAGCCUUUCCAAGACCUACGAGAUCUUCGUCUACACCACUGCGAAGAGGGACUAUGCCAAGAAGCUCCUGGAGGUGCUGGACCCCAAGAAGAAGCUGAUCAGGCGCUGCUUCUCCCAGUCGGAUUGUGUCUGCUCCCGGGGCUGCUACUGGAAGGACCUGACCUGCCUGGGCAGGGACCUGGCCAAGACGGUGGCCCUGGACCACGCCACGCAGGGAUUCCCUGCCCAGGCUGCCAACUGGAUCCCGGUGCCACCGUGGUGUGGGGACCCUCAGGACGAGGAGCUGCUGCGCCUCAUCCCGGUGCUGGGCCGGCUGGGCCAGGCGGAGGACGUGCGCCCCGAGAUCCAGCGGCAAUUCCGCCAGCCGCCCGCUGAGGAUUAGGCCAGCCUGGAGGAGCAGGAUGGGGGAAAACCUCUGAGCGAGGGAAGCUGUGCUCGGGGACAUCCAGAGCCUCGUCCCGUGGAACUGGGCUGGAUGGUUGUCCCAGGACUCUGCCUUGGUGUCUGCAGGGAUCCCAGCUCAUCCCUGGGGGCUGGGGGAGCCCCCCAAAGAGAGGCCCUGCCCUUGGAGACAAAGCUCCCUCCUCUCCCUGCUCUGUAAGGUCCAGCCAAGGUUUUCACAGGUCAUAAUAAAGCUUGGAGAAAGGU